UGGGCAGCGGGAGACGACAAGGGGUGCCUACUUAUAAAAUCCACUCGUUCCUGAAUAUGCCGCCCUUACUCUUUGCUCUGCGUUAGGUCCGGUGAUGGGACGAUCUGAACCAUGAAAAGAUGAGCUUCUCCCUUGUCGGGCACUCGGGCACUGUACCAUUUUCUUCCUCUCACUUCUUCCUACCACUCAUUGCCGCCACUCAUCGGCCUUUGCCCUGUCCUGCCGUGCCGUGCCCUGAAAGCCAAGAGACGAUCAAUAGGGCUCGUCGAAAGUCAACCAGAGGUGGGAGCACGUUCUCUAUCAUGCAAAGCGCAAGACAGGGUACAAAAAAUCAAAAUGGUCCAGUUCAGCGGGGACAAGGCGAGCCAGGGGAAGGGGAGCAGAGGGAGGCUCCACGGGGUAAAAAGUCCUACUCGGAAUAUCAGGCGAGGGAGGCACUCGGCCCCACCGCCGUAAGACGGCUCGGACGGCGCGGCACCCGAAUUGAAGCUCUCCAGCAUCGCGAUGGCCAUCGACAGAGGAGCAGCAAGAGAGGGUGGGUGCACUUGUGCCUUGGCGAGAGUGGACAGGCAGCAAGACUGUACAGGACAGGUUCCUGCGUUUGUGUAGCUGAUCGGCGGGGGAGGAGGCCCUUUUCCUUUGAUUGGUCAAGUGUGGCGUGCAGGCGCGUUUUGAGGAGGCGCUCGCGAGCGAACGUGCUCACCCAUGAGCGGGGUUACCCUAUGCAGCAUCCUCGCCUCUCGAUCACGCUGCUGGUGCUGGCCGAACCGACUUGAGCAAGCUGGGUGAGAGUGCAUCUUGGUGAAUCCGAGAUCGCAGAUCCGAUGCCACAGGCGAGGUGGCGACGACGGUAUUCUCCAUUUCUGGUGGCUGAGAGGGGGGUUUUAGUCUAG